AUGGGUUGGCCCAAGCUCUCAUGGUUGGUUUUACUUUGUUGGGUUCUUUCAUUUCUGUGCUUUAGAGCUCUCUGUGAUGAUGCAGAGGUGUCUGUGAAGUUCUUGAAGGCUCCUCAUGCAUUCUCACACUUGAACAUAGCUACAUUUGAGUUUCAAGUUUUGGUAGGUGGGAAUGUGAACUCCUGCAGAAACUGUAGCAUCAGUUGCAAGCUGGAUAGUGGCUCUGAAUCUGAUUGUGGAGCUAGUAAGGUUUCAUACCAGGGGUUGCAGGAUGGAAAUCAUACAUUUGAGGUCUGCAGUAAUGGAUUUCAAGGAGUUGGCUGUGCUACCUAUAACUGGACAGUUGAUACGAUUCCCCCAACAGCAAAUAUAAACGCAUCAAAAUCAUUUACAAAUGCUCUAAAUGUCUCUGUAGAUAUUUCUUUCACUGAGCCCUGCACUGGAGGAGGAGGUUUUGGAUGUUCAUCCGUGAAUGCGUGCAACCUGUUGGCCUAUGGUGCUGGCCAAGUAAUACCAUCUUCGCUGACUGUUCUGGAACCAAAUCUGAAAUAUACUCUUCUGGUGGGUUUAUCUCCUAAUGUUCUGUAUGGACGGGUGAUACUAGUAAUGGAUAAGAACUUUUGUACUGACGCUGCUGGAAACAGAUUUGUAAGAGCUGCUAAUUCAAGUUUCUUUGUUCAUUUUGAUAGAAGAAGUGUGUUUGUUGACCUGAGGAUUCACAUUCCAGAGAAGCUACUUCAACUUAACAAUGAAAUCAGAACAGUCAAGGCAACUAAUAAUAAUGAUAACUUGAAGUUUUACUUGUACUUCUCAGAACCUAUUUUGAAUUCAUCCACAGAAAUUCUAAAUUCUCUCAACACAAGUCAGGGAGUGCUUCUUUCUAUAAGUGGAGAAAACCUUGGGAACCGAAAGUUUGGUUUUCAGGUUGCGAAUUUAUCCAGCAUUGCGAUUGUUACAAUCGGCCUUCUUUCAAAUUCUAUAACUAGCAGGCCAGGGACUUCAGUUUCUCUGAUCGCCCCAGUUACUUUUCUUUAUGAUUCUCAAAGGCCUGCUGUGAGGCUGAGUACAUCUAAUACAAGGACAAAGGAACAUAGCAUUCCAAUAUCAAUUAAGUUCAUGAAGCCAGUAUUUGGCUUCAACUCCUCCUUUCUAUCGAUCUCAGGGGGUCAAUUGCAGCGCUUUCGUGAAAUAAAUCGGAGCAAAUACAUUGCAGAGAUAAAAGCAGAUGAUGACGUCUUAUCUGUCAGCAUUCCUCAAAAUGUAACUGGAGAUGUUGCUGGAAAUAAAAAUCUACCGUCUAAUAUCUUACAAGUGAGACGUUAUUCUGUACCCAUGAUAUCAUAUGUAAUCACUGCCUUCACAACUGCUUGUUUCCUGGCUACAUCUCUUGUUGCUGGUCUGCUCACUUUGUCAACUACGAGCCUUCUGUCUGCUAGGGCAUUCUCAAGACCAUCUCCUUUGCUGACAGUUGAACCUACAAGGAAUCUUUUUAGAACUGCAUGCCAUAUUCAGGUUUUUGCACUGUCUAGAUGGUUGGCUGUUACGCUGCCAGUCGAAUAUUAUGAGUUUGCAAGAGGUUUACAGUGGAGUAUUCCCUACCUCAUUCUCCCGUGGGAAACUCGGGGUAUUCAACCAAUCAUGGUGAAAUCAAAUUCCUCUUCUGGUGCACAUUCCUAUUUCUCAAAAACUCAUGAUAUAUUCCAGAGCAUGCAAAUUGAAGGGAAGAGUGUGAAUAACUCUUCUCUGGUGUAUGGAUUGCCCCUUUCUCCAAUGGAGUACAUAUCAUUUUUUGAGAGCCAAAAUUUUAAACCAGAAGCAGAACAAAUGAUGGAUCCACAACAUUCAAAUGGGUGGAGGGAUUUUGAUAGAAGCAUGUUCUGGUUAGCUGUAAUUGGUGGCAGUUUGAUACUGGUCCAUGCCAUACUUUUAUUUAUUCUAAAAUUGAAGAAGAGAAACACUGACGAGCAGAGUGACUAUGGAGCACUGACCUUCCCAAGAUUUGAGAUAUUUCUCACAAUUCUUGCUUUGCCUUGUAUUUGUGAGGCCUCUGCUUCUCUAGUUAGAGGAGGAACAGCAGGAGGGAUUAUGGUUGGCGUUUUGCUGCUGGGUAUGGUGGGGGUUUUACUGCUGGCCUUGCUCCUGAUUCUGUCUGUUGGAAUCACAUUUGGAAAGCUACUUCAGUACAAGGAAGUCCAUCAAGAAGGCCAGAUAUUUCACUGGUAUCAAGAUAUUAUCCGAGUAACUUUAGGUCCUGGUAGGAGAGGCCAGUGGACAUGGAAGAAUCAACCGAAGUCUGUUUAUCUAAUCAGUUUAGGUGCUUUAUUUGAAGAUCUACGAGGCCCCCCUAAAUACAUGCUUUCACAAAUCGCUGGGAUUCCCCGCAAGCAAGGAGAUCGAAUCAUUGCCUCCGAUGAUGAAACAGAAGAUGCAGAAGCACCAUUUAUUCAGAAGCUGUAUGGAAUUCUUAGGAUAUACUACAUACUGCUUGAGUCAGUCAAGAGAGUUUCUUUGGGAAUUCUGGCUGGUGCCUACUUGGAUAACUGGUCCUCUAAAUCUCCAACAAUUAUCUUACUGUCCAUCACUUCCUUUCAGCUCUUCUUCCUUGUCCUUAAGAAGCCUUUUAUUAAAAAUAAGGUCCAACUGGUUGAGAUCAUCUCUAUUUCCUGCCAAGUAGGUAUUUUUGCAACUUUUUUCAUUCUCUUGGAGAAGGAAUUAUCAACUAGAGAAGAAACUAGAGUUGGCAUCUUCAUGAUUGUACUGUUCUUAAUCGGAUUCUUGGCACAAAUGGUCAAUGAAUGGUAUGCAUUGUAUAGACAGAUAAAGCGACUGGAUCCCUCCGAGCAGUUUUUCUUAACAGGUCUGAAAACAGCAUCAAUUGGAUUUCUCUUGUUUUUCUUUCCAGAAAGAUUGAGCCAAACCCUGGAAAGCAAACUACCAGCUAAACGACAAGGUGAGAGAGAAACUGGGGGAGAGACUGGUUCUUCUGUUGACAGAAACAAAAGCUCAGGGAACAGGAGCUCUGGCACGCCAGAUAAACCAUGGCAGAAACAACUAAGAGAAUUAGCAAGGGCUAGCUUUACCAAACAAAGAAGUGGAUCACGGAAUGAUCCUUCAACCAGUCAAACCAAAUGGAGUGGAUUUUGGACAAACAAAAGGAGUGGGAGCUCAUCUGAAAAGACCCCUUCAGAUUCCAGGUCCAAACCAAAUCGGUUGUAUAAAGAUUUAGAAGAAAUUUUUGCAUCAAAAUGA